CAACACCAUUUAUCUCACUGUUAUGAUUCUUGAAACAUAUGUUUAAAUAUUCCAGCGAAUUUUCGUUAGUUAGUUUGCUGAAUAACAGAAGAAGAAUAACUUAUAACAUUUUGCAUUUGAUAUUUGGAAAGCACAUUAGAUAUUAAUUAAUUUAAUUGUAAAUAUGGCUAAUCGCACAGUGAAAGAAGCCAAAAACAUACACGGCACGAAUCCUCAAUAUCUUGUUGAGAAAAUUAUACGUUCCCGCAUUUACGACUCAAAAUAUUGGAAAGAGCAAUGCUUUGCUCUUACCGCGGAAUUGUUAGUGGACAAAGCCAUGGAGCUGCGUUUUAUAGGGGGUGUUUAUGGCGGCAAUAUUAAACCCACGCAAUUUCUUUGCCUAACUCUGAAAAUGCUCCAAAUUCAGCCGGAGAAAGAUAUCGUGGUUGAAUUCAUAAAAAAUGAGGAAUUUAAAUAUGUGAGGGCUUUGGGUGCAUUUUAUCUUCGCCUCACCGGUAGUGCUUUGGACUGUUACAAAUAUUUGGAGCCUUUGUAUAUUGAUAAUCGUAAACUACGCCGUCAAAAUCGCGUAGGCCAUUUUGAAAUUGUUUACAUGGAUGAAUUUAUCGAUGAAUUAUUGCGUAGUGACCGUGUCUGCGAUAUUAUUCUCCCGCGUAUUCAAAAACGCUCUAUUCUAGAAGAAAACAACGAAUUGGAACCCAAAGUCUCAGUUUUAGACGAAGAUCUCGAUGACGAGAUAAUUAGUGAUGAAGAAAAUCCUGCCGAAAUGGAAGAGGAAUCAAAAAAUAAAACCCAUAAAAGAUCGCGUAAAGAACGAUCACGUUCCGAAUCUGCAGAGAGGUCAGGAUAUAAUGUAAGAUCCCGUGAUUACAACGCCGAAUUGGAGCGCUAUCAGAGGGAACGCGAUAGAGCACGAGAUAUUCCAAAUAGCAGUAGCAGCAGUCGCCAUCAUUAUUACGAGGAACGUGAUCGUACCUUAAGAAGCCAUGGAGGCUAUGAACGUGAUGAACGUUAUAUUCGCGACAGUAAACGCCACGAAACUCGGGAUUCGCGCAGUGAUCGCGAAAGGGAACGUGAACGCCGUGACCGAAGGCAUUAAACGUUAAAUAUUUCAACAAUAAGUGUUAUGUUUAGGUUAUGAAUUAGAAUGAAUAAAAAUAGCAAUUUCCUUUUUUGUAUAUUAA